AUUACUUGUCUACUCUGGGCAGACAGCUAGUUGCUUCCGAGUGUCUUCCCACCAGAGCUUGGUCUAAUUAGCUCUUUUCUUCUCUUAAAAACUGACCGGCUGAGGGGUCAGUGUUCUGAGAAGGUCCUCUGCCUUCAGAGCAUGAAGAGAGUUGGACAGAGAGUGAGGGGGGUUAUAUUUAGUGUUUGGUCCCAGGCAGGGUCAGGGUCCUCACUGCCUCUCCUUUGCCCUGCUACUGUUUCGGGUCUUGGUCUGCAAAGUCCCUUUGUUUUGGCAGGUGGCAGAAUAAAAACUGAGAAAGGAUCAAAAAAAAGAAAAAAGAAAAGAGAAAAGCAUCGCACUUGGCUGCAGGAAACCGUAGGAUUCUUCUACCUGCAGAGACAACCUUAUUGGGAGUUCUGAGGAAAAAAAAAAAAAGAGUGGUCAGUUUCUUUUAGUGCAAGAUUGAGAAACUGGACUCUGGAGUGAUUAAGAAGAGAGAGCUGCCAGGAAAUAAUCGAAACCUUCAAGAGAAGGCAUACAAAUAGUAAGCUACAGACAAGGAGUCAGUGGAGUGGUGGGCUGAGACAGCUUUUACCCUUCCGAAGACAGGAAAACAUUUGAGAACUACUGCAUUAGACCUACAUCUUCAUUUUUUCCUGGGUCAACUUCACAACAUUGAAAAAUGCCUUCCAGAAGUAGCUACCCUGAAAACAUACCUCAAAAGCAGACGAGCAAAUAUAGCGAGGAUCCCACCAUCCAAGGUGUCAAAACAAUGAAGAGGGGAAAUAAAAAGAAUGAUGAUGGUGUUAAAACCAGUCCUGUCCUCAGGAGUCCCAAAUCAGAUACAACACAGAAUAGAAGUUCUCCCAAAGAGGCCAAUCUCUCAAGGGAUGACUUGUUAAUCCUCCUAAGCAUUCUGGAGGGGGAAGUGCAGGCUCGAGAUGAAGUCAUAGGCAUUUUAAAGGCUGAAAAAAUGGACUUGGCUUUGUUGGAAGCUCAGUAUGGGUUUGUCACUCCAAAAAAGGUGUUAGAGGCUCUCCAGCGAGAUGCUAUUCAAGCAAAGGUUGCUCCGUGGCAGGAGGACAUCUAUGAGAAACCAAUCAAUGAGCUGGACAAAGUUGUUGAAAAACAUCAAGAAUCUUACAAACGAAUGCUGGAACACCUUCUGAUGGUGGGAAAAGCUCACAGACAAACCAUACUGGAGUUAGAGGAGGAAAAAAGAAAACACACAGAAUAUGUGGAGAAGAGUGAUGAAUUUAUAAAUUUGAUGGAAAAAGAGCAAGAAAGAUUUAAAGAGCUAAUAGACCAAGAAACAGCCUACCACAAACAAAGAGAACGAGAGAACAAGAAGAAAGUCAGUGCACUCAAGGAGGAGCUGACCAAAUUGAAAUCAUUUGCCUUGAUGGUUGUGGAUGAACAACAGAGGCUUACCCAACAGCUCACCCUCCAGAGUCAGAAAAUCCAAGACUUGACCACGACUGCUGAGCAAGCACGCAAGAAACUGGCCGUUGCUGAAGCCAAAGCUCAGGAAGAAGAGCACAAGGCAAGCAGGCUAGAAAAAGAACUGCAAAGGCAAGCCAGAGAGCUCUCUGAGAGCCAGGAAGCAAUAAUGGCCAAACUCACCAAUGAGGACAGCCAAAAUCGGCAGCUCCGGCUAAAACUAGCGGCACUCAGCCGCCAAAUUGAUGAGCUGGAGGAGACAAAUAGGUCUUUACGAAAAGCAGAAGAAGAAUUACAAGAAAUAAAAGAAAAGAUCAACAAGGGAGAAGGUGGUAAUUCCAGCAUCCUAGCAGAAGUGGAAGAACUUCGAAAAAGAGUAUUAGAAAUGGAAGGCAAAGAUGAAGAAUUCAUAAAAAUGGAAGAGCAGUGCCGAGAUCUCCACCAACGGCUGGAAAAGGAGACGUUACAGAGUAAGGACUUUAAACUGGAGGUUGAUAAACUCAACAAGAGGAUUAUGGAUUUGGAAAAACUAGAAGAUGCCUUUGGCAAAAGCAAGCAGGAGUGUCACACUCUGAAAUGCAAUCUAGAAAAAGAAAAGAUGACAACAAAGCAACUGUCUCAAGAAUUGGAUGGUUUAAAAGUGAGAAUCAAAGAGUUAGAAACCAUUGAAAGUAAGCUAGAGAAGACAGAAUUCACCCUAAAAGAGGAUUUAACUAAAUUGAAAACACUGACGGUGAUGCUGGUUGAUGAACGGAAAACGAUGAGUGAAAAAAUGAAGCAGACAGAAGAUAAGCUACAAGCCGUUACAUCUCAGCUUCAAGUGGAACAAAGCAAAGUGACAUUGGUUACCGAAAAGUUGCUUGAGGAAAGCAAAAAAGCACUGAAGUCCAAAACAGAUGUAGAGGAAAAGGUGUACAAUGUGACCAAAGAGAGGGAUGAACUGAAAAUUAAGCUUAAAGCGGAAGAAGAGAAAGGAAAUGAUCUCCUGUCUAAAGUUAACAUUCUGAAAAAGAGACUCCAAUCAUUAGAAGCUAUUGAGAAAGAUUUUCUCAAAAACAAAUCAAAACAGGAGACUGGUAAGUCAGCAAUAGCUGUACACCAAGAAAACAAUAAGAUCAAAGAGCUUUCCCAAGAGGUGGAGAGGCUGAAGCAUAAAUUAAAAGACAUGAAAGCUAUUGAAGAUGAUCUCAUGAAAACUGAAGAUGAAUAUGAGUCCCUUGAGCGGCGCUAUGCUAAUGAAAGAGACAAGGCUAAAUUUUUAUCAGAGGAACUUGAGGAUGUUAAAAUGGAACUUGCUAGGUACAAGUUAGCAGAAAAGACAGAAUCCAGUCAGGAACAGUGGCUUUUCAAAAGGCUUAAAGAGGAAGAAGCCAAAUCUGGUCACCUCUCAAGGGAGGUAGAUGCAUUAAAGGAGAAAAUUCAUGAAUACAUGGCAACUGAAAACUUAAUAUGUCACUUACAGGGUGACCAUACAAUUCUACAAAAGAAACUUAAUCAACAAGAAAAUAGAAAUAGGGACUUGGGAAGAGAGAUCGACAACCUUACUAAAGAAUUAGAGAGGUAUCGACACUUCAGUAAGAGUCUCCGACCCGGUCUUAAUGGAAGAAGAAUUUCUGACCUUCAAGUAUUCUCUAAAGAAGUGCAAACUGAACCAGCAGACAAUGAGCCUCCUGAUUACAAAAGUCUCAUUCCUUUGGAACGAGCUGUAAUUAAUGGGCAGUUAUAUGAGGAAAGUGAUAAUGAGGAUGAAGACCCCAAUGACAAUGAGCCAACAGUGUCCUUCAAAUGUAACUCAUCUACUGCACAUCCAGUCAACAGGAAGUUAUGGAUCCCCUGGAUGAAAUCCAAGGAAGGUCAUCCUCAGAAUGGAAAAAUACCAGCCAAACAGAAUGGAAGUUAUGUGCAGCCUGGGGAUCUGGUCCUAAGUCACACACCUGGUCAACCUCUUCAUAUAAAGGUUACUCCAGACCAUGGGCAAAAUACAGCCACCCUUGAAAUCACAAGUCCUACUACAGAAAGUCCUCACUCUUAUACAAGCACUGCAGUGAUACCCAACUGCGGUACCCCAAAGCAAAGAAUAACCAUUAUUCAAAAUGCCUCCAUAACACCAGUGAAGUCUAAAACCUCUACUGAGAGCCCCAUAAACUUAGAACAAGGCACAGCUCCUAUUACCAUGGCCACCUUCGCCAGAGCACCAACCCCAGAAUCCUGUGGCUCUAUCACUCCUGAAAGGACAAUGUCUCCUAUUCAUGUUUUGGCUGUGACUGGCUCAGCAAGCUCCCCAGAACAGGGACGGUCACCAGAGCCAGUGGAGAUAGGUGCCAAGCACACCGUCUUCAGAGUUUCCCCAGAGAGACAGUCAGCAUGGCAGUUUCAAAGGUCAAAUAGCAAUGGCUCAAGUGUGAUAACUACUGAGGAUAACAAAAUCCACAUUCACUUAGGAAGCCCUUACAUGCAAGCUGUGGCCAGUCCAGUGAGGCCUGCCAGUCCUUCCACUCCACCACAAGAUAACCGAACUCCAGCCCUAAUUAAUGGCACAACAGGCAAAGCAACAAAUAAAGUGACCAGCAGCAUUACUAUCACACCAACGACCACUCCUCUCCCUCGACAAUCACAAAUUACAAUCAAGGAGGUGUACCAGCGUACAAUGCCAGCACGGACUCCUAAACUGAAGUCUUUGGUAAUCACUAAACUUCCUGCCAAGCCUCUCCAGGGGCACAGCAAAAAACCAGUUCAUCAUUCCGAUUUCGGAAAGCUGCACAUCGCAAGGACCAUCAAAUCCAACACUUAUCUUCAAGUAGGAGGGAAAAGGUAAACCAUGCUGCUGUGGUCACCAUAACACAUCUUAUUCACCUGGAAAGCUCUAGUAACCACUCCAGAAGGACAAGCAGGCCAAGGGCCACCAUCUUGGUACAUGGUGGAGCAGGAAACUAAGAAACUGUUCCAUCUGGUGGAAGUCGGGGAGGUUCAGCCUGAAACCACAGUGUAUCGAUACUGUACCACAUGAUAUCAAGUACCAGAGAUAUUAAGGUUGUUUUGAGGUUUUUUUUAAGUACUUAAACAUUUACAGAUAUGUAGUGGGAAAUAAGGCAGAUGAUCCAUCCAACUCCUUAGUCGCUUCAUUUCCAAUCCAGCCCAGGGAAAAUCCUUUGGUUAUACUCUCCUAGUCCAGAAUAGAAAAAAGUGAGAUCAUAUGUUCAGAAUCAAGUACAAGAUCUGAUAGUUUGCAAGAACCCUGCCACUUCAGUCCUUGCUAAAGCUAACCCCAAUUUGCUGCAUAGUUUUACAGUUCCUCCAAGUUACAUGUUUUAAGUUUCUUAACUGCAAAAAUAUCUAGAAAUACUGUCUGUUUUCCAGGUUUUUACUGAGCAGUAACUUUGCUAAGGAAAAAUGUUAAAGAAUUUCCGAUCUGUUUUAAGAAGUUUCUAUAAUAAUCCCGUAGGAGAAGGAAAGGUUAUUUUCCCCUAAAUAGCAAUUGGUGAAUCAAAAAGUAUUUGUUAAACACUUACUGUAUGCUAGGCAUUUUGCUGAGCAGUAAGGAUACAAAGAAAAACAAAAGAAAAAAUCUCUGUCCUUAAAGAGCUUACAUGUGAAUGUGGAAGACUGCCCAUACAUUUAAGGACCCCAAUUUAAGGAACUGGGGGUAGAGAAAAGAUAUGGGAGGAAAGGGAAGAUGAACCAUCACCCAAUAUUUGAAAAGUUGUUAAGAUAGGGAUUAGACUUGUUCUUGGCCACAGAGAAGACCUAGGGACAAGCAUGGAAGUUAAAGAGAGGCAGAUUUCAGCUCAAUGUGAGGUAAAAUUUCCUAACAAUCAGAGGAAUGUAAAAAUGCAAUAGGCUCGAGUCUGUGUAGAGAAUCCACUAAAGUGGUCACAUGACUUGAAUUCCCAUUCACCUAUUCCACUGAACUAGAACCAAUGACCAUAUUUUAUAUAAUCAUAACUUUAUACAGUGCAGAUUCAAAUACAUGUGACCACCUCAAGGGAUUCAUUGUUCAAAUUAAUUCAGAUCUGGGUACACAGCAGGAGAUGUUCAGGUGAAGAACAGAUGAUGGCUUCUUGUGGAUGUUGUGGAGAGGUCUGUAGUAAUGUACAAGUUGGACCGGACAACCUCCCUUCCAACUCUGUGAAUGCAACAUGGACUAGAGACAAGAAUGGUGAUAACAGUUUCAGAUUCAUUUUUCCAGUGGAUUUACUUGAUGUCUGUUGGAACAGCGUAUUGUCUGUCAUCAGCAAUGCGCACAAGAGGCAUCAUCAUGGUGAAAAGUCAGAAGGCCAUGAUUUCAAUCCUGGCUCUCACCUAUGUGACCUUGAACAAGAUGCCUCUCUGGCUCUCAGGUGUCUCAUCUGUAAAAUGAAGGUGUUAGAUCAUUUAAUUCCAUCUCUAAAUUCUGUGAAUCCUGGGAUCCAGUUUCCACUUGGAAUAUAUCCUUGGCCCUACCAUUUUGUGCAGAACAGUUAAGCAGGUAAAAGAGAGAGAGAAUAAGGAGCAAAGUUGGCAGUCUUUUGGCAGAAGGAAAGAUGGUGGUUUGGUCUCAGGUGAUUUAAAAGUCUAGAAAAGGGAGAAAAAAAAUUUGGUUAAGUGACAAGAGUGGUAAGAAAGCAUGAAAUGAAAGCUAUUUCAGAUAGCACAGUGGAUAGAGAGCUCAGGUCUUCCUGAUACCAGACCCAGCAGCUCACCACAAGGGAAGAAGCAUGUCUAUUCAUUGUGCUUUCUAAGAUCCCUAGCUUAGCUCUGAGGCAGCAAGGUUGCUAAGCGCUGGGUCUGGAGUCAAGAAGACUCAUCUCCCUGAAUUCAAGCCUGGCCUCAGACAUUAGCUGUGUGACCCUGGGCAAGUCACUUAACCCUGUUUGCCUCAGUUUCUCCUCUGUAAAAUGAACUAGAGAAGAAAAUGGCAAACCACUCCAGCAUCUUUGUCAAGAAAACACCAAAUGGGGUUACAAAUAGUCAGACACAACUGAAAACAACUCAAAGACAAUAUGUUAAGUGCCACUACCCCAAAUAAUACAGGAGUGAUAAUCCAGUAGGGGAGCACAAGCCAUCAAAGCAAUCCUCAAUACAAGUUUGUCAUUAACUGGUAGGUGGUACAAUGGAGAGUAAGGAACUGGUCGUUUAGUUAAAGCAUAACAAGAUUUAUGGCAAGUGUACUGAGAAACAAAGGCAUUAUGUGCAUAAUAAAGGCUAGGAAAAGCCAUUUUAUUGAGCAAUAUACAAUCCAGAGUGUCAUGGAUGAAAAGUACCAACUGUGGACAUAUGAUAACUAUAGACGUGGUACAUAAAAUUUGAAAUAAGGUGUAAGAAAAACUAUUAGGAAAAAAUGAACGAGAAAGUUUAUAAUCAAAGAAUACACUUGCUAUAACUUUAAAAAAAUGUUAUAAAGGUGAGUACUUUGUAUUUGAGAUUUACGAUUCCCUGGCCCCUUGGGUUGACCCUGGGAAUCCCCCUCCCCAAUCAUUAGGUUUUUUUAUAGGGGAUACAAAUUCUACAAAAGUCCUGGGCCUGUUCAAAAGCCUGGACACUUACCGGCCCCACCGCAAGAUAUUUACCUUCUCUGCGCUUCAUGCAAUUCCUGAGGACUUGCCUAUGAAGUCACAGAUGUGCUAUAGAUGUGGAGAAAGUUCCUAUACUUAGGGAGUCCCCUAAACUAAUAAAAUCAGAUCUUUUCUUCAUCUUUUAUUCAUGGGCAGUUAGGCUUACAAAGAAAAAAAUUCUAUCAAGCUAACAAAGUAAAUAGAUGUCACAAGAAUGAGCUAGGUGAUAUAAAAAAUAAGUAAAAUUAUGUAGAGAAACAUCAACUUUUUGUGUGAGUAAACUCUUAAAGCAGUAAUAAGCAUGAGUUCACCUUCAACUGUAAAUGAAUAUAUUAUGAUAAAUGCCAUUGCAAUAACUUCUGUAUAAAAUUGUUUCUAAACUGCAAAGAAAAACCUGCAUAUUUGUUUCAAGCAAUCCUGGAUGCUUCAAAAUUAAAAAAAAAAAAGAUGUCUCAGGGUAGCUAGGUGGCGCAGUGGAUAGAGCACCAGACCUGGAGUCAGGAGGACCGAGUUCAAAUCCAGCCUCAGACACUUGACACUUACUAGCUGUGUGACCCUGGGCAAGUCACUUAACCCUCAUUGCCCACCAAAAAUAAAUAAAUAAAUAACAUUUAAAAAAAACAAAAAACAAAAAACAAAAAAACCCCUGCAUUAAGGCUUUUGGGAUACCUUGUAUAAUAAAGCCCUUUGGAGUCUACUUAAAAAGGACUUAAUUGAGGGGCAGCUAGGUGGCGCAGUGGAUAGAGCACCGGCCCUGGAGUCAGGAGUACCUGAGUUCAAAUCCGGCCUUGGACACUUAACACUUACUAGCUGUGUGACCCUGGGCAAGUCACUUAACCCCAAUUGCCUCACUAAAAAAAAAAAAAAAAAAAAAAAAAAGGACUUAAUCCAUUUCACCCAUACAAAUGAGCCAAAAAUCACAUACAAAACUAAGCAUCAUCUUUCAGAGGAAAAAAUGGAAUUUCAAUAAGAAAGAAGACUUUCAGGUAUUUACUAUGAAAAGACCUGAACUGAAUAGAAAACUUUACUUUCAAAUACAAGACCUGGGAGAAGCAUAUAAAGAUGAACAGGAAAAAGACUUCAUGAGGGAUAUUAAAAGAUCAAACUGUUUAUAUUCCUACAUGGGAAGAUAAUACUUCAAACUCAUAAGAACUAUCUCAGUAAGGAAUUCACAGAGGACACAGGUCUG